GGAACUACGCUUCCCGGCGUGCCCCAGGAGCGCGCGGCGGAGCGCGGGCCCCGCGGUGGAACUUGCCCGGGUGUUUCCUGGCGACGGGGGGAAGUGCCGGAGCCGCCGCCGCCGCGGAGAGUGGGAGCCGCGCUUCUCCCCUCCCCGCUCCCGGGCGCCCGAUCUACCAUGAGACCCGCCAUCUUCCCGUUCCUGCCUGACCCUGGCUGCCUCCUGCUCCUCCUGGUGUCUUGGCUUUUUAAUCCAGCAAGAAGUGAAAUAACAAGUCUAGAUAGUGGAAAUAUAGAUGACAUUUUAAACAAUGCAGAUGUUGCUUUAGUUAAUUUUUAUGCUGAUUGGUGCCGCUUCAGCCAAAUGCUGCAUCCUAUUUUUGAGGAAGCUUCUAAUGUGAUCAAAGAAGAAUAUCCAGAUAAAAAUCAAGUGGUGUUUGCUAGAGUAGACUGUGAUCAGCAUUCUGAUAUAGCUCAGAGGUACAGGAUAAGCAAAUACCCAACUCUGAAGCUCUUCCGAAAUGGCAUGAUGAUGAAGAGGGAAUACAGGGGUCAGAGAUCUGUGACAGCAAUAGCAGAUUACAUCAGGCAGCAGAAAAGUAACCCCAUUCGGGAGGUCCAGGAUUUGGAAGAAAUUAGUUCCCUUGAUCGCAGCAGAAGAAAUAUUAUUGGGUACUUUGAGCAAAAGGACUCUGAUAAUUACAGAACCUUUGAAAGAGUAGCGAAUAUUUUGCAUGAUGAUUGUGUGUUCCUCUCUGCCUUUGGGGCUAUUUCAAAAGCAGAGAGAUUUAGUGGGGACAAUGUAAUCUACAAGCCACCAGGGGAGAAUGCUCCAGAUAUGGUGUAUUUAGGUUCACUAACCAAUUUUGAUUUGAUUUAUGCAUGGACACAAGACAAAUGUGUACCACUAGUUCGAGAAAUCACAUUUGAAAAUGGGGAGGAACUGACAGAAGAAGGCCUUCCUUUUCUCAUACUUUUCCACAUGAAAGAUGACUUGGAGAGUUUAGAGAAAUUCCAGCAGGAGGUUGCACGGCAGUUAAUAGGUGAAAAAGGUACAAUCAACUUCCUCCAUGCUGACUGUGACAAAUUCAGGCAUCCACUCCUCCACAUUCAGAAGACUCCAGCAGACUGCCCUGUCAUUGCCAUUGAUAGCUUCAGGCACAUGUAUGUCUUUCCAGACUUCAGCGACUUGUCAGUUCCAGGUAAACUGAAGCAAUUUGUACUAGACUUGCAUUCUGGAAAAUUGCAUAGAGAGUUCCAUCAUGGCCCUGAUCCAACUGAUGUAGCACCUGGUCAGCCAAUUCAGGAUUUAGCAAGCAGCCCACCAGAGAGCUCAUUCCAGAAACUGGCACCCAGUGAACAUAGGUACACCUUAUUGAGGGAAAAAGAUGAACUUUAAAAAACUUGAAAUAAUCUUGCAAGCCUUUCAGACAGCAGCAUUGACUUCUGUGUGGUGGAAAUAGUAAACCUAUAUUUUCAUAAUUCUAUGUGUAUUUUUAUUUUGAAUAAACUGAAAAAUAAUUUUUUUCUCCCCAGGCUUGUAAAUACGUUUGUUUGGUGGGUCAUUCUGUACAGCAUCUUUCAAACAGUACAUUCUUAAUGCUAUAGUAAAAUAUCAGAGACCCAUCCAGACUCUUGAUCUAACUCUGUAAAACUUUUAUAAUCCAAAUGAAGGUAUCCUUGCCAGAGACAUGCUGUUAACUUGCACUAUCCCAUUAAAUAGGACUUUUGGGUUGUUUUCUGUGUAACCUUGGUAGUAUGUGCUUUUUCUUCUUCUGUGAACAGCUAUCCUGGUAAUCUAUUUCUUUGUCACAUUUUUCUCCAACUUAAGAGGGUCUUCUAUUCUGGAUACUUGGGAGGGGAAUAAAUUAAAGUUUUACAGAA